GUGGCAGUUGUCAUUGUUUUGGUUGGCUCUCUGCAUGUGGCUCUCUGCGUGUGGCACAGCUUUGGUUUUGUUGCGACGAGAGGAAGAGGGAUGACUGAGGCCACGCUACGGCUGCUGGCGUCGACGACGCUCGUGCUGCUGGCUGUGCUGGUGACAACGACGCCAGCCUCGGUAGCUGCGCGAAGCGUGAUUGGCGACAUCACACCGGUCGCACGCAACUAUGUGCUUGCAAAUGAAGAGUUCUGCCAUGGCCAGCUGGUGAGCGUGUUCAAGUUUCCACACCUCUUUGCCCAGAUUGGUUACACUUACGGAGGAGAUGGUCGCAACUUCUUUCGGCUGCCUGACUUGCGUGGCUCCACAGUGCUGUCUGCAAACGAGACGUCGAGCAUUGGGACCACACGCAAUGAGGACGACGCGUCUGCGCUGCUGAUGAUCAAACACCUUCCCCAGCACAAGACGCUCACCACGCCGCUGCAAGCUGCGGCGGCCAAUGAGCCCACCACGGGCCUGGCAACGUGCACCAGCGCUGACACAGGCUGCGUGGACGUGUAUCCCUCCAUGCUGGUGGGCAGCAGCACAGAGAAGACGGUGAACGGCGUGCGUGCUCCUGGUGUUGCAAUGCACUUUGUCGUGUCCACACGCGGCAUCUGGCCAACCUCGCCUCAGGACAGCCUGCAAAGCAUCACCGAAGGCACAGCCCGUCCAGAUGAGUCAAGCACGAACACCGAACCAGUCGUCAUCAGCUUGAGCACUGCGGAUUCCGAUCGCCUUGGACACCUUUCCUUCGCAGAUCCCACGCUCGACUUUAACGCGCGCCGCGAUAUCCCUGCCUCCUUCGCCACAUCGACCGGCGAUGGUAGUGGCAGCCCCGCCUCCGUGGCCACGGUGGGCAACGGGGAAUCAUUUUCCGUCAUUGGGCCAGGCCUCUUCCUCGCUGCGCACGCCGGCUUGGCAGACAUGGAGACGCACACGCUUGGCGACGUGGCUGCGUUCCCUUUCUCCACCCCGUCUUCCUCUGAUUGGCUGCCUUGUGAUGGUCGUGCCAUGAACAAGCUGAGCAAUUUGCAACUCUUCACGGUCAUUGGGGACGCAUUUGGCGCCAACUCGACCCACUUCCACCUUCCAAAUCUCAAUGGCCAGACCAUCUACGGCGCACGCACAGACGACAGCCCAAGUUUCGGCUCGCGUGUCUCUGGGAUGCCUGCGCUCGGCUGGGAUGAUGUUCCUGGCUUUUCCGGCAAUGCCCUUCCCAACACCAUUGCUCUCAAGACCUGUGGCACCGGACCAUCUUGCACAGAAUUGCUGAAUCCAACAACGAGCACGUUCUCCACGUCUAAUGCCGAUGCCAUUCUGAAUCACAUUCGGGUGGCCUCGGUGGCGUUCUACAUGUACGCGGCAGGCACGGCGCCAUCUCCGAGCCAGUGUGCCGAUGGCUUCUAUUCCGACGACGUGGAUCCCCUCUGCUCCAAGCGUGUGGAGGACAUUCUUGGCUUGGCAGUCGUUAAUCAGACGCUCACGCCCGCAUUCAGUCCAAAUGUGAGCGAGUAUACGGUGUAUUUGCCAUCCCUGCAAGAGAUUGUCACCAUCAACGUUCAAGCUCCAGACGGCUCCGGCGUGGAGGGCGAUGGUUUGGUUGUCCUACGUGGCGGGCCCCAAGGCGAAACAGAGCACACUGUUCGCGUGGUGGCUGGAGCAAACACAGAGUACACAUACUCCAUCACCUUUAUCCAGCCGUACAUUUGUGGCUCCGGAACGGUGAGCGCUGGGGAGCGGUCGCAACCCGUCGCAGUGGAACGAAGCACAAUCUCGGGCGACAUCGAGGAGUAUUCCAAGAACGCUGACUGCCCGCAAGGCACGAUUGGUUCGCUGACAGUCACGUGUUCGCCGACAUCCCCACAGUGGCGCGUCUCAACAGACACCUGCGCUGUUCCAGAUUGCGUUGGCGGCCGCGUGAAGAGCCGGCGCGUUCGUGUGAUGCUGCCGCCAGGAAACGUUGGCGACACAGCGUACGCAGACUGCCCUGCUGGCUAUCGAGGCCGGCUGUCGUUUGAGUGCCAGCAAGCUCACCAGCGCCGUGCUGCCUACCGCCGCACGAGUGGGCAAUGCAGAGGCUGUGCUGCGCAUCACCAGGACACCACGGGUGAUGCGUGCGAGGCCGCAUGCCAGCGCCAAUACAAUGCUCCCUCACGCUACACCCUCAUUGAUGCAAACCCAACAACGGGCUGCAAGGGGCGCUGUGAGUGUUUCCUUCUCCCUCCAUAGCACCUUUGAACUCUGUGUGUGUGUGUGUGUAUGUGUG